CAUUUCACCGCGUUUUGGCGGGAACGACGCUCGCCACAGAUUAUAUUCUUGUUGUUUUGAAAUCGAUUACGCGACGUUAAAGUUAUAAAUUGAAUGUACAGUGAAAAAGUGCAUAAUAAAUAAUAUGUGCAUUUGAUGUGUGAAAUUACGUUAUAGUGUUUUAUAGUGGAUAUAAACUAUAUUAUUUAUCGACAAGUUAUUAAUCAGAUGGCUUCAAGAUGUUCCGCAAGGUGAGGCGGAAGAUGUGUUAUAUCUUCGCAUUCCUUUUAUUCAUAAGUCUCUCGAACGCUCUGCCAAAAGCGCUGGAUUUCCCAGAAAAUAUACAUUCAAACAACGAUAUUGACAAUGAUAUCAUCGACUUUGACGAUGAGUAUUCAUUGAAAUAUAAUAAGAAAUAUGACAGUUCAUCAUGGAAUGACUAUAAUAAAGAUUCAUAUAGAUAUACUGUUGAUAAAUAUUCCAAAGAUGAUCAAGACAAUAAGAAACUAGAUAGUAAGAAUAAUGAAACAGACAGUGUUUCUGUUACAACAGAAUCGGAAGACUUAAGUGUUAUUCCAAUUGAACUUAUAUCAACUACAGAAAAUGGAAGCUACGUUGAAACAACGACAGAAUAUGAUUUAACUGUUAUCCCUUUAUCAUCUACUGAUAAAACUACACCUCUAGUCCUAAAUGAUACGUUCAUUUUAUCAGUGUCUACUGAAAAAUCAGAAGAUUACAAUAAUACAACUGAAUUUUUUGAGCUAACUACAAGAGCGAAUUAUAGCGAGGCUACAACGAUUAGUAUUAGUAAUUUAUCUAUACCAACAACAACAGAGUAUGAACUGGAGAAUGCAACAGAUUCAUUUACCACAGAAUCAAGUACAAUGAUAUCAUCGAACAAAACUGAUUCAAAUAAAACUGCCAGUACAUCUACAGACGUUGUUGACAGAGGUAUAGAAAGUGGAGAGGUAGAAGAUGUCCCAGUAUUUACAGAAUUAGAUACAGAGGAACAAGAUGUUCCAGAAGAUUAUUAUGAUUCAAAAGAUAUAGUGCCAACACCAGCACCAAAGACAGACGCGUUGUCUGUGAUCUUUGGUUUUGCUGGUAGCGUGGUAGAGGGUGUUGUAGAAAGUGUAGCGGAAAGACUGUUUCCUAAAACGAUUUAUGAUUUAUUUAAGAGAAUGCAGAAACAAAACGAAGCAUUGGAAGCGGAAAAGUUGCGGAGCAGAGAGGAGAAUGGUGGAAUAGGCCACUUCACACGAGGCGUCAUUAAAUCAAUAUCCACUGGUCUGAGCAAGCCCUUUAGCCAGUUAAUGGCUGGAGCUAGAGACAUUGGCUCUUUGGACAGUGACAGAGGCUUCGUCAGUAGUCUCGCGUCGGGUGUGACCAGUGUGGCCAAUGUUGCUAACUCUAUGGUGGAUAUGUUUAAGGAUCGAGUGCAGGCUAUUUAUCCAGGUACCCUCUGGUGCGGUGACGGGCACUCUGCCCAGGCCCGCUCCAGUGACUUAGGUCUAUUCUUCUUCACGGACACUUGCUGCAGGCAACAUGACGCUUGCAAGCUGUAUAUUAAAGCUGGCGAGACGAGGUUCGGGCUCACCAAUACUGGGCUCUUUACUAGAUCGCACUGCACUUGCGACACGAAAUUCCGCGAAUGUCUCAAGAAGACCAACUCGCUGGUGUCCGCGCAGAUCGGGCUCACUUACUUCAACGUGUUGGGGCCGCAGUGCUUUCGUAAAGCACACCCGAUUGUCAAGUGCGUGAGGAAGACGAGGUUAACUGGCCAGAAAUGCGAAGAGUACGAAUUGGACUACACAAAGCCCAAAAUGUGGCAGUGGUUUGACAAUGACACUUUCUAAUCACAUAGUGAAGAAAAUAGAGACUUUCUUUAAAAAAAUAGUGAAAAGGUGACUUUAAAAAUUACACAGAAAACAGUGUUGUGAAAAAAAAAUCGAUGAUUUGACCAUUCGCCCUCGGUCUCCCCACGUUUAAUUUUUUUUUUAAAUUUAGGAAUUACAGUUUAUUUAACAAUAAAAAGUGGUACUUUUGCAAUUGAAGUUAUAUACGAAAUAAUGUUAAUAUUUAAUUAAAAUGCGAUUAAAAACGAAUAUCAGUCGAUUAAUAAUUUUUAACGGGUAUAUAACGUGAUUUUUUAAAAUUGUUUAUCAAGUAACAAAGUUAAAAAAUUGAGAAUGAAUCGUGAUUUUUGUCCAUAAACGAAGUUAAAAACAUGUACAACACAUCUAUGUAAUACCUAUGGUUUUCUUAUAAAAUGUUAUCAUAUUAAUAUAAUGUACCUAUGUAUUAAUAUAAUACCUUACAGAUAUAAUUUUAUUCGAAAGGAAAAAAAAUAUUAUGAGACAAACAUUAUCUAUAGCUAAUAAAAAGAUUUUCCCAUAAGUCGUUAUUUUCUCAAACAAUUCUUUAGUAUUAUAAUAACGAAUUAUUUUUAUAACCAUGAAAUAAUUUAAUAAUAGUGUUAAGUUAUUGUACAAAUGUUUUAUACGUGAUUAAAAUUAUUAUAAUGUUA